GUCUGCUCUGGCUUCAGAAGGCAGCAGACAGCGGCGGGGAACGGCCAGGCGUCCGCAACUCUUUGGCGAUACUACAACACAUAACCCCGCAGGACAGAGCCGACUUCAGGCGACAGGGGACCAGGUCAAACCUGAGAAACAGUGUCAGUCCAGGCACUUCAUCAUCCUAAGUGGAGUCCAGAUCAAUCGGCCAUUUUGCCUUCAGUCAAGUCCUGUCUGUUCUCAACACCCACCGAGGUUUCUGUGUCACCCAUCUGAGUCUAAUCCAGUUUCCGGUGGCGUCCAGUCCAGCAUUUCAAGCUGGACGGAGGGGAGGUGAUUGGGGCCGAGGGCUCUGCCUUCGUGCUGCGACACAGAACGUCAAAUCUCAUAGAACAGUCUACAGAUAGGACGCCUACAGAUCCCAUGAGUCCCCGGGAGAAGGAAGACACACCCACCUCAGGUUCUUCAACCAGUCACCUCAGCACCACAGAGUGCCCCACACACAACGGGAACAUCCCGGAAUGUGACGAGAGGAGAAGAACUGAAGAGGAUGCAACAGGGAGUGACGGAGGAGAGGAGGACGAGAAGGAGGAGGAAAGGAGCAGUGAUGAAGGUUUCAUGGGAAUGACGCCACUGCUGCAGGCUCACCACGCCAUGGAGAAGAUGGAGGAGUUUGUACACAAGGUGUGGGAGGGCCGGUGGCGCGUCAUCCCCCAUGACGUGCUCCCUGAUUGGCUGAAGGACAACGACUUCCUGCUUCACGGUCACAGGCCACCGAUGCCUUCGUUCCGCGCCUGUUUCAAGAGCAUCUUUAGAAUCCACACGGAGACGGGAAACAUCUGGACACACCUGCUAGGUUGUCUGUUCUUCCUCUGUCUCGGGCUGAUGUACAUGUUCAGGCCCAACAUGUCAUUCGUGGCUCCGGUUCAGGAGAAAGUGGUGAUCGGGAUGUUUUUCCUGGGAGCCAUCCUCUGCCUCUCCUUCUCCUGGCUCUUCCAUACAGUGUACUGCCACUCUGAGGGCGUCUCCAGAGUCUUCUCUAAGUUGGACUACAGCGGGAUAGCCUUCCUGAUCAUGGGUUCAUUCGUCCCCUGGCUCUACUACUCCUUCUACUGCUCCCCUCAGCCCUGCUUCAUCUACCUGAUCGUGGUGUGUAUACUGGGACUGGCCGCCAUCACCGUCUCCCAGUGCGACUUCUUCGCCACGCCGCAGUACAGAGGAGUCAGAGCAGGUGUGUUUGUGGGUCUGGGUCUGAGCGGUGUGGUUCCCACCCUCCACUUCGUCAUCAGCGAGGGUCUGAUCCGAGCGACCACCAUCGGGCAGAUGGGCUGGCUGCUGCUCAUGGCGAUGCUCUACAUCACUGGAGCCUGUCUGUACGCCGCCCGCAUCCCCGAGAGGUUCUUCCCUGGCAAGUGUGACAUCUGGUUUCACUCCCACCAGUUGUUCCAUAUCCUGGUCGUUGCCGGGGCGUUCGUUCAUUUCCACGGCGUCUCCAACCUGCAGGAGUUCCGCUACACGGCCGGAGCGGGCUGCGCCGAGGACGGCACACUCUAACACACGCUAACCCACACACACACAUAUGCACGCACUAGGGGGAGGUGCUCAUUCACAUAUGCACAGAAUUACACACACACACACACUCAGCACACAAACACACACCUGCACAAACUAUGACAUGCAAAAAUACACACUCUCCCCCAAGCGAAGACCGAAGUGGCUUGUCAAGUGUGUGUGCGCGUGCGUGCGUAACACCCAGGACAACCUCCUAGGGGGCGCCAUUAAAAACGUUCGACGAGGGGUUUUGUUCUCUUUCUCUCCCUCCGUCCGUCUGGCUGUCCAUCCCCCCUCUUCUGGCUCUGUCGCUUUGAUUAUAAAACCUCUUCCAAGACGGCGUGUUUUGAAAUCAGUUUUUGAGACUUCUCUUUGUUGAAGUAUCUCUAAACAUGAAUUUUCUUUCGUUCUUUUCGAGUUGAAAAACUGAGAAGCAGCAUAAUUGUGGCGUAGAAAAGACAACUUGGGGUGGUUUUUUUUUUUGUUUGUUUUUUUUUUCCGCUGAAUGCUGUUUUCCAGGCAACACUUUAGAGCAUUCAAAAAGAAAAAAAAAAAAAAGUCGUGUGGAAAAUGUUUUUGUUUUUCUUCCAUGAUGUUGCGGGAGAAAUGGGACUAGUGGCCGGGGAUGGGUGAGCGGGGAAUAGAGUUGCUUUUAAAAGUUAAAAGAACACUUUUCCAUGUAAAUAAGAUUUCUAAAUUUUGGGUUAUAUAGAUUUGUAUGAAAUAUCUAUGAAAAAAAAAAAACAAAACAAACAAAAAAGAACAAAAAUGAGGUAAUGUUAUAAAUGAUGGUGAGAUACUGAAUAAACAAAUAAAUAAGAUGGAUAAAUCAAUUACAAAUGAAAUGUGAGAGAAGAAGCAAACAUAAAGCCUGAACUGGUUGUUCUAGCUGUGUGGUGCUACGGGAAGACAAACAGUUUGAGAAUAACGCAAUCUGCUGUUGGAGAGACGCGCUCCAAAUAACUUCAUCUACUCUACACAGGACAGAAGGAGUGAGAAAUGAGGGCAAAAUAAAAGGCACAACACUUAAAUCCUUUCUAGUCAAACAUGCAGUGUCAAGACUAAGCAGAAAUGUUGUCAGUAUGACGCUUAAAUGUUCCCGGUGGCAACGCGGCUCUGUGUUUAUGUCCUCUGAUUUGAGUCGGAGGCAGUCGUGCAUUUUAGACGACUCAAAGAGUUGGGCAACAUUUCCUGCCUCCGGCCCGGCGGGGCAAACGAGGAGACGUGGCAACGACAAACUGUCCUCUCCUCCAGCUGGAAAUUUCUUCUGUCAUGAACUUGUGUCGCUCACACGGUGAAGAAGUGUCCUGACGUUUGUCGAGCAUCACAGAGCGGGAGCACUGAUCUCAGAUCAGACCUGGGGCCUCAUGUAUCUGUGCUUGUGACCAAAUCCAGGCCAGGGCAGCGGUGAAUAAAAAAUGUUAUCUUGAUGUUUAGCUGUUUCAGAUUAUCUUCAAAAUCACUGUUGUGCGUCUAAUGAGGAAGCAAACUUCCAUCACUACCCAAAGUUUAAAUGUCAUUGAUACUGUUCUCAUUCAUUUCUGCCACUUACAUUUAAAUAAUAUGUGCACUGACGCCUAAGAAACCCAAGAAGGUUUUUUUAAGUGAGGCCCCAGAGUCCGAUGCGUCCAUCCCCAAGAGAAACAUUUAGGUAAAACCUGCAGCAUUAACGCAAGAUCAGAUGCAGUUCAGUGUCGUCAUCCUCCUUCUCUGCGGCGCCUCAGAUUACAAUAAAACUCACGUCGACACACAACAACAGUAUGUCUCAAACAUUUUUCUUUUGGAUUGAUAUGGAUGGUGUUUUAUUUUAUCCAAUACUACUUUGGUAUCAUUAUCUUUGCGAGCUUUAAUGUCACUUCUUCCUUUUAUUUUCUCUGCUUUGGUUCUCUUAUUUUUGGCUGGGUGUGAUGUGAGGUGAGGGCAGAGAGGCCCACAGUACCAAUUCUCUCUCACUCUCAGGCACAAAACCAACAGGAAGUCGCUUCAAAAAGAUUGGAAAAUGGUUUCACUAAGUUAAAUUAUUGGCGAGCACUUAUCAAGAGAGCCUCACAGACGGAGACUUCACUUUGAAAUGGUGAAAAGGUCAAAGUUAUUGCAGUAUUUUCAGCUUACAGUGAGGGUGCAGCAAGUUCAACUGACUUCUGGCAAUAAGUGUGUCUCCUGUACCUGCACACAGGAAGCACCAAGGUUUUCAUAUAAUCAUAUGAAUGUUUGAAUAUUUGGGGUUCCUGCUUUAUUGUAGCAUUUUGUGAAGAGCAUUUUGUGAAUUGGUAUUUGAGUGAUCAGCCUCAAAGACAAAUCUGCCUCUCUUGUUUGCACCUGACUCUGCUUUGAAAAAACCUCAAAGGACAGCGCCAUUAUUUUUUCUCAUCUGUACUUCAGCUUUUUAUUUCAUUUCUUUUCAUCAUUUUAUGAUUUUGUCAUAUUUUUCUUUAAUUUGUAUUACCGUAAUUUAUUUCUCUUGGGGAAUGCAUAUGGUUUGUUGUUGAAGCACACGUACUGUUCUGAGGGGAGUGUUUGAUUGCAAUAGACCUUUAUAUCUGCUGUAUUGUUCUAAUAAAAAGGUUUUUUGAAUCUGUCA